UACUAAUUACACGAAUACACAGGCAAUUGGCCAAAACUCAAAAUAUCACUGUUCCUAAAGCGACUGGUAGCUGGGAAAAAGAAACCUUCCCCCCUGAGAUUCUAUUGCUUCAGUUGUUAAUUCACUGUAUGGGUAGCUCAAAGUUUCUAUUUUUCAUUGAUUAACUGGACCACAAAACUGUUCUCUUAUCAGUUCCUAAUUUCAUGCGACUCUGUUUUAACUUCCCAAGCUUCUUCACAAGUUUCCCGGCAGGAUGGCACCUAACAUGUUCUUCGUUUCCUUACUUCUUCUAUUGAUUCCAACAAGUGUUUCUCUUCGACUUAAUGGAGAAGAAGGUUUCAUCUCAGGGGCCAUAUCUGAAAAGGGUCUUGAUUACGCCAAAGAUUUGCUCAUCCGCGAAGCUAUGUCAUCUCUUGUUGCACUUCAACUGCCUCAAAUCGAGAAGUCUGCCAGAGUCAGGCUCGUUGGUAAAUGUAAAAUAGUUCUUUCCAAUAUUACUUUUGUUGAUGUCAACAUAACUUCUUCAUAUGUUAAGACUGGAGAGAGGGGAAUAGUUCUAAUCGCUUCAGGCGGCACAGCUAAUUUGAGUAUGAACUGGAGUUAUUCUUGUAGCACUUGGUUAUUGCCUGUUUCUGUUUCUGAUAGUGGGAACGCCUUUGUGAAGAGGUUUCAUAUCUGACUUACCAUUUAUAGUGUAUUGGGCUUGAACUCAGCAGCUUAGGCCUAGAAGAAAUGGCAAAUAUUUUGCAAAAGUUGAUUAUAUGGAGAAAUAUAAAGCAACUUCAAAUGUUUCAGCCGUUUCAUAUAUAAAAAGAUGUGCAUUUCAAACCGUAGCUACAUAGCACAUGAAUUCAAGAUGAGUUCUGUUCAAAUAUAACUAGACCUCUUACGCCGUCCUACAAUAAAUUGAUAAAGGGGGUAACAAAAACAGUUGUGGUUCCUAGGCAAACCAUAAAACUCAUGUAUGCCAGUAUCUGAUUGGCAAAAUCUUGUGGACAGCAGCAUUUUUGGUGCACAUGUGCUUUAUUUUCAGCUUUUCAGGUAAAA